CGCGCCUCGGAGCGGCACAUGCGCAGUACUUGACAUUUUGAAGUAGCUUCUCCGGAGUGUUUGAACAGGAAGGCGGACAUGUUGGUCAGGCUGUAUGAGAAAUUCGGUCACAGUCUGCGAUUGUAUUCCGAAAAAACAACAUCCAGCCAAGUUGGAUCGUAGUUCUACCCCGCGGAGGAGUUCCGGCAGCCGGACGGGAACUAUUCGACGGGCCUUGACAGACACCGGGGCGAAGCGGAAGGGCUGCCGUUCAACGUUCAGCGACUCCUCGUUUUAAACUGUUCGAAAUUUGGAAGAAGCAGAAGUUUUUUUCUCCACCACUUCUACUUUUGAGCUGUCAGAAUCAUUCAGUCGUUUCCUCCAAACUAGGCCUGCGAAACAUGGAAACGGGCCCGGACUAGCCAACUUUCAAACAUUAAAAAAAAAAAAAAACUUUUCGGGAAGAUUUUGCACGAACGUGUUAUUUGUCUUUUGUUUCGAUGCAGCAGCGUUUUAAGCCCUUAUCCUCAGUGGCAUCCUAAUCUGUCGCCGCAAUUAUCUUUGCACGGAAGUUGUUUGCCACUCACGGACGGGAAAACAUCUUCCGACUUCGACAAUCAUGUGGCGUGUCCAGUGCCCCGUUAACGUCUCGAUUUUUUGUGGAAAUUUCCGGAGGAGGAUGCAUUUUCUCUGAAGCGCGGUGGAAAAGUUUGCGCGAAGAAAGGGACGUUUGGCCAUCUAGCUAGCGCCGCGGCUAACUGCUAGCCAUUCCACCGCCUCGCCAGGGAGCUCUUUUUUUGUUUUUAACUCAACACGGGGGACUAAGUUUGGCAGGAAAAUGUCCUCCGAGAUAAACAUGGAGGGUCGGUUUGAAAAAAUCGAUGCCAUGUUGAAGGACCCAAAGUCGGAAAUAAACACGGAUUGUCUUCUGGAUGGCUUGGAUGCUCUGGUGUAUGACCUUGACUUCCCUGCCUUAAGGAAAAACAAGAGCAUUGACAACUUUUUGAAUAGAUACAAAGAAACCAUUAGUAAAAUCCGGGAUCUACGUAUGAAAGCAGAGGACUAUGAGGUGGUUAAAGUUAUUGGAAGGGGGGCAUUUGGAGAAGUUCAGUUGGUGAGACACAAAGCAACAAGGAAAGUCUAUGCUAUGAAACUGCUGAGCAAGUUUGAAAUGAUCAAGAGGUCAGACUCUGCUUUCUUCUGGGAGGAGAGGGACAUCAUGGCUUUUGCCAACAGUUCAUGGGUGGUGCAGCUCUUCUUUGCGUUCCAAGAUGAUCGCUACCUCUAUAUGGUGAUGGAGUACAUGCCCGGCGGUGACUUGGUGAACUUGAUGAGUAACUAUGAUGUCCCAGAGAAGUGGGCUCGCUUUUACACUGCUGAGGUGGUUCUGGCGCUGGAUGGAAUCCACUCCAUGGGCUUCAUUCACAGGGAUGUGAAGCCUGACAACAUGUUGUUAGACAAAGCAGGUCACCUCAAGCUUGCAGACUUUGGGACCUGCAUGAAGAUGAACAAGGAUGGAAUGGUACGAUGUGACACAGCAGUAGGAACUCCAGACUACAUUUCCCCUGAGGUACUAAAAUCCCAGGGAGGAGAUGGAUAUUAUGGCAGAGAGUGUGACUGGUGGUCAGUGGGAGUGUUUCUCUUUGAAAUGCUAGUUGGUGACACUCCCUUCUAUGCAGACUCUCUGGUUGGGACUUACAGCAAAAUUAUGAACCACAAGAAUGCCCUGACCUUCCCCGAUGAUAGCGACAUUUCCAAUGAUGCAAAGAAUCUCAUCUGUGCUUUUCUGACAGACAGGGAAGUUCGACUUGGCCGUAACGGUGUCGAUGAAAUCAAGAGGCAUCCUUUCUUCAAGAACGACCAGUGGACAUGGGAGAACAUCCGAGACACCGCUGCCCCCGUCGUCCCCGAGCUCAGCAGCGACACCGACACCAGUAACUUUGAUGACAUCGAGGAGGACCGGGGAGAAGAGGAGACCUUCCCCAUACCAAAGGCCUUUGUGGGGAACCAGCUCCCUUUUGUUGGCUUCACGUAUUACAGCAACCAAGAUCUUUUACGCUGCUCCACUUCUGCGAAGGCCCGUGAAAAACAUAGUAGUUCUGCAAAAGAAGACAAAAGUCAUCUGGAGAGUCUGCAGAAACGCAUCCACCAGCUGGAGGAGCAGCUUCACGGUGAAAUGCAGCUGAAGGAUGAGCUGGAGCAGAAGUGCAGGGCAUCCAACACAAGGAUUGAAAAAAUCGUGAAGGAACUGGAUGAGGAGGCGAACCUGAGGAAGACCGUGGAAGCAAGCAUGUCUCUGCUUGAGAAGGACAAGAUGAUGCUGCAGCACCGAUUCACAGAGUACCAAAGAAAGGCCGACCAGGAGGCGGAGAAGAGGCGCAACCUGGAGAACGAAGUGUCAACUUUAAAGGAGCAGCUUGAAGACAUGAAGAAGAUCAGCCAGAACUCACAAGCAUCAAAUGACAGGAUUGUCCAGCUGCAGAAGCAGCUGGAAGAGGCCAACAACAUGCUACGCGCAGAAUCCGACACAGCAGCGAGACUCAGGAAAAACCAUUCGGAGAUGGGGAAGACCAUUAGCCAGCUGGAGAGUUUGAACCGAGAGCUGCAGGAGAGGAGUCGAGCGACGGAUGGAGAGAAGGCGCAGCUGGAGAAGGAGCUUCUGCUUCUGCAGAGCACCCUGGACUCAGAACGGAGGAACAACAGUCUGGGCUCCGAGGAGAUCAGAGAGCUGCAAGCAAGGAUGGCUGGACUGCAAGAGGACAACAGAAGCCUGAAGCUCAGCCUCUCUAAAGCAGAAGGAGAACGCAAGCAGGCCCAGGAAAGAAGCAACAACCUGGAGAAGGAAAAGAACAACUUGGAGAUCGACCUGAACUACAAGCUGAAGACGUUGCAGCAGCGGCUGGAGCAGGAACAGACGGAGCACAGGGUGACGCGGGCGCAGCUCACCGACAAAUACGAGUCCAUCGAAGAGGCCAAGUCGGCUGCCAUGAAUGCCGUCCAGCAUAAGAUGUCAGAGGAGAACAUAGCGAGGAUGAGGGCGGAGAGUCGGGUGUUGGAGGUUGAGAAGCAGUGCUCCAUGUUGGAGUUUGACCUCAAGCAGUCGGUGCAGAAAAUGGAGCAGCUGAUGAAGCAAAAGGAGAGGCUGGAAGACGAGGUCAAGAAUCUGAGAAUCCAGCUGGAUCAGGAGUCCAACAAGCGGGUCAUCGCUCAGACCGACCUGAAGAGCCGCUCGCAGGAUCUGGACCGGCUGAGAUGUUCAGAGAAGCAGCUCAAGCAGGAGAUCAACACGGCGCUGGAGAACAGACGCUCGCUGGAGUUCCAGCUGGCCCAGCUGACUAAGCAAUACAGAGGCAACGAGGGACAGAUGAGGGAACUUCAGGACCAGCUUGAAGCCGAACAGUAUUUUUCUACCCUUUACAAAACUCAGGUCAGGGAGCUAAAAGAGGACAUUGAGGAGAAAAACCGGCAGGUGCAGGACACUCAAAAAAGGGUGCAGGACUUGUGCAGUGAAAGGGACUCCCUGUCUGCCCAGUUGGAUCUGACGGUGACAAAGGCCGAGUCGGAGCAGCUGGCCCGGGCGCUUCAGGAGGAGCAGUACUUUGAGCUCAACCAGGAGUACAAGAAAGCUGUGGCUCGGCACAAGCAGGAGCUCGGAGAAAAAGAGACGAUUAUUGCACAGCUUGAGGAAUCAAAUAACACUUUAAGAAAAGAUGUAGAAAAUCUCAGCAAAGAAAAGACGGACUUAAGUCAGGAGCUCCGUACUCAGGAGGAAGAAUAUGAAGCGCAGAAAGAAGAAAUUUCUAAUUCAAUAAGGGCUCAGUAUGAGAAGAGCCUCGCCAACGAACGCACGCUGAAGACUCAGGCCGUCAACAAGCUGGCUGAGAUCAUGAAUCGCCGAGACAUGAAGGCUGACCAGAAGAAGAAGGGAAGUAUGGCAGAUCUGCGCAAGAAGGAAAAAGAGAAUCGCAAGCUUCAGCUGGAGCUCAAUCAGGAGAAGGACAAGUUCAACCACAUGGCCAUCAAAUAUCAAAAGGAGCUGAGCGAGAUGCAGGCGCAACUGUCAGAUGAAUGCCUUCACCGCAACGAGCUGCAGAUGCAGCUGGCCAGCAAGGAGAGCGACAUCGAGCAGCUCCGGGAGAAACUGAACGACAUGCAGCAGCGCAUAGAAAACUCCAGCAUCACCAGCCUGCAGACCGACGAGACGGACAGCAACAUUGCAGAGUCCAGGUUGGAGGGUUGGCUGUCUAUUCCUAACCGCGCUAACAUCAAGCGAUACGGAUGGAAGAAGCAGUACGUGGUCGUGAGCAGCAAAAAGAUUCUGUUCUACAACGAUGAGCAGGAUAAGGAGCAGUCCAACCCCUCCAUGGUGCUCGACAUCGACAAACUGUUUCACGUGAGACCGGUCACACAGGGAGACGUUUAUCGGGCCGAAACCGAAGAAAUCCCCAGGAUAUUCCAGAUUCUUUAUGCCAACGAGGGGGAGUGCAGGAAGGAGUCUGAAGUGGAGACGGCUCCUCAGGGGGAUAAGACCAACUGUCUGCCCCACAAGGGCCACGAGUUCAUCCCCACCCUCUACCACUUCCCCUCCAGCUGCGAGGCGUGUUCGAAGCCUUUGUGGAACGUCUUCAAGCCGCCACCGGCCCUGGAGUGUCGGCGCUGCCAUGUGAAGUGCCACAAAGACCACCUUGACAAAAAGGAGGACGUCAUUGCUCCUUGCAAAGUAAAUUACGAUGUUACCUCAGCCCGAGACAUGCUUCUGCUGGCCCUGACCCAGGAGGAGCAGAAGAAGUGGAUCGGCCAUCUGGGAAAGAAGAUCCCCAAGACCCCGCCGGCUUCGUUUUCUAGAACCUCGCCUCGUUCUCUGUCCACCCGCUCUAUACCCAACCAGUCCUUCCGCAAGAACCCUAAAAGCAACACGGGAAAGCUGAGCUAACCAUCUGAAGCGUUGGGAUCUUUUUCUGGACCCUGAACUUUCUCCUCUUCCUCAACACAAAAAUGGGACGCCUGUACUACAGAAAGAAUUUAUUGAAAGGGCAAAAAAAAAAAACAAACAGAUCUCUAAUAGACUUGAGGCGUCACGAACAUGAAAAGGUCGAUUUCCUCCAAUCCUCUGAACUUGCAACUCUCGGUUUCUACCAGAAGAUGGCGACACUUGCAUGAAGAUGGACAGCAGAUUUGCUGAGCUCCAGCAGGCAUUCUGUGCUUCCACGUAUUAAAGAAACUGAAGUGUAAAAAAUACAAAUAAAAUAAAAAAGGGGGGGGGGUUCCUGGACUUUUGCAAGCAUUUAUUUUAAGGUACUUUUUUUUUUUCUUCAUCCAGGGACUGUAGAUCUGAAGGUUUGGUCUCAGGGGAGGAAAGUGAAUCUCUGUUCUGUCAUUUCAUCACCUCAGCUAAAUGCAAAGUGUUUCCACCUAUAAAGUGACUGAUGCCUUUAUCUAAUGUUCAUGGCCUUUUUCUUCUGUAUUCUUAUCACUCUGCAAAGGUGACCAGGCUCUGGAUAUCACAGUGGGACUUUAGUAUUAGACGUUUCGAGUGUUGAGCGACAAGCAUGCAAGAUCAUCAUUUAAAUCUAUGCAUUAUUUUUAUUGUAAUUUUGUUGCUCCAAGCCAUACGUACUGUUUCAUUGCAAUGGCAUAUAAGGAGUCAGAAACCUUCAUAGUUUUUUUUUUGGUACAUUGCUUCUGUAAUAUUUUUUCUUGUAUUCAUUGUUUUUUUUUUGUAAUGUGUUGCCUUACAUUUAUUCAUAGAUAAAUGGCUCAAAAGGAAAACAUUAAGUUAACAAAUGUAAAACUGCACUGUUUGACUUGACUGUAAAUUAUUUGUAGAAGACUAAACCGGUGUAGCAUACGGCCCACCCAGUGCCUUAACGUUUGGAUUUUUAAUUUUACUGCCAUAUCUGUUUUUGUUCAUUUGUUUCAGCAAAAUCUUUACUCUUCCAUCACAGAUUUUUGGUUUUAUUCAAACUUUUUUUUUUUUUUUGAAAAUUAAAAAAAAAAGAAAAAAAUCCCCUCAUGAGAACUUUUAUAACAGACUUUAUUGAAUUAAACUUCAAGAGUAUCUAAGGUGAGACCAACAGUUUGGAGAGAAUAUGACGUUUUCAUUCCUCGUCCGGUUAUUGCAAAGCCCCAGUGUGUAUAUACGGAGACGUACAGAUUAUUGGAAUACCUCUACAGUCCUUUGGAGUUUUUUUCUUUUCAGGAAAAAAAAAAGCACUGGAAAAAUGAUCUACUCCUGUCUUGGAUAAUUUGCAUGGAUAAAUUGCAUUGGAUUCCGCACUGAUGGAUAUGUCAAUAAACAUAUCUUUAUUGUG